AUGCCGUCGUCGACUCCCUCUCGCCCCAACGCCUCGACGCUCGUCCCCGAUGCACCUUCCAUCUCCACACCCCUCGAAGCUCGCGCGUCCUUCAACGACGGUCUCCGUACGCCUCCUAGUGUCCGAGGUAUGGGCAGUUUCGUCCACUUUGAAGAGGUUUCGCACGCCUCGUCGCGCUCGUCCAACGUUUUGUCCCCUCGCUACGUCCAUUUACACGCCAGUGAGUCGGGACUAGCAACGCCUAAGACACCUGAAGGGAUGGACCACGUCGAGGCUAGUGGCGCGUCGCUGCCUGGGCUGGCGCAGCUGCCGAAACCCGACGACGGACGGAGUUACCAGCAAUUUGUGCAGCGUCACUUGCAGCUGCCGCCAUUGUCCCCGCAUACGCGGAGCGCUGGCAAAGAUGGCAGUCGAGCGGGACUGGCGAAACGCAGCCAGACGUACGUGCAGCAGCUGUCGCGGGAAUCCGCGCGGGAACUGGCCAAGACGGCGUUUAGUUUGCGCUCGACGUCGAUUGGCGACGUGACGUUUGAAAACCCGCACGAGGUGGUGGGCAGCAGUUUACGAGAGAGUAUUCGACGGGUCACGGCCUUUUCACGACGAGAAGCACCGCUGGAUACGGAACUCACGACAGUCGCGAAGGUUGGACGCUCGCCACGCAAGUGCAGGUUGAAAUUCGACCCGGAUACCAUCAUGUGGUCACGAGGGAGUAAGGUGCUGGGUGAGCUCUCGACGGAUGAUGUCGUGGGCGCCGAGGUCAUCGCAAAGAAGAAAGCGCGCACGUUCCGUGUGCACUAUUUCAAAAAGGGGCGCGGGACUGGAGCCAAGGCGCUGCUUCGCACACCACGGUACGUGGACUUUCAUGGUCUCGAGCUAGCGGUGAUGGACAGCUGGGUUGCUGCGAUUCAGGAACUUGUGCGCUGGCAAGCGCGUGCACCACCUUUGGCUGAGAAACGGCUGCUGAAGGUUGUGGUGAACCCACACUCAGGGAGGCAACAAGCGCAACAGAUAUGGAAAGAGAAGGUCAAGCCGUUUUUGGAUUUGGCCAAGUUUGACUGUGUGGUGGAAAACACGACGCAUUCGGGUCAUGCAGCUGAAAUGGGGAGGAACUACUCGGAUGAGGAUGGCUUUGAGGCUCUUGUGUUUAUCGGAGGAGACGGUACUCUGUGUGAGUUUAUGAACGGACUGCUGACUCGUCCGGAGCAUGAAUGGCGUGAAAUUGUGGCUUCGACGCCGAUUUCGUUGAUUUCGGCAGGGACGCAGAAUGCUUUUGGCACGGGAGCUGGUAUUCCGACAGUAAAUGCAGCGCUGUACUGUAUCAUGAAGCGCAAAAUGCGCCCAUUGGAUGUCGUGACAGCGGUGUCUGCUGCUAAUCCUAGUGUGGUGCACUACAGCUACUGCGGCCUUGGCUGGGGCGUGGCAGGCGACAUCGCGGCCGAGUCGGAACGUUAUCGUUGGAUGGGUAUCCUUCGAUAUGCUUUUUUGAAGGUGAAGCGCACGUUGGUUUUGCCCAAGAAGCACACUGGUCGAGUCCGGUACGUGUUGACCGAGCCACAUCCGCCGCUCAUUCGUUACGACGACUACCCGGAUGCUGGUGCGUUGGACCAGUUUGAAGUGGAGGAAGGUACUGUGUACGAUAUGGACCGUUUCAGCACCCAACGCAAGUCGUGGGCGGGCACUGCUGGUAGCAUCAUGAGCCCGGCAAGUCGUAAGCGGUACCCGGAGGUGUUGUGGAAAGAGGACCGCGACAAUUACGUUGUGGUGGGCGUCGUGAACAUUUCGCCUGACGGCGCGUACUCGCACCCUUCGGAUGGCAGCAUGGACCUCAUUGUUACUCGCAAAGGAGGGAUGGGACGUACAGCGAAACUUGCUGGUCUAUACCUCAUGGGCAAGGAGCUCCAGAGCGACCUCGUAUCGUACUUGAAGGUCAAGGCCGUGGAGAUUGAGCCUGACCAGCCAGAAGACUGCAUGAACAUUGAUGGCGAGGUGCUGGAGGGCGGUCCAUGGCGUAUGGAGGUGGUGCCCAGUCUUUUCAAGGUGCUGUCUGAAAAAUAA